CUAAGCCUUCAAGCCCCCAUUGUAGGCAAAGUAACUAAAAAGCUUCCUUCUUUUUCUAUUUCUCCUUUUCUCUCGGUUUCUAUCCCAAAACCAUGGCUGCCUUUUGGAACAAACCAGUGCUCUUAUGUCUUACAUUGUCUGCUAUCCUAAGCUUGUGUUCGGUUCUUUCAACAGCAGAGUUCCAGCAGUUUGAGCAAGACCCAAAAGCCGACGGCUCUCUUAGCUUUUUGGUGGUCGGAGACUGGGGAAGAAGAGGAGGUUUCAACCAAUCUGAAGUUGCUGUGCAGAUGGGAAUAAUUGGAGAGAAGCUGGACAUUGAUUUUGUGAUUUCAACCGGCGAUAAUUUUUACGAUGGUGGAUUGAAAGGCGUAGAUGAUCCGGCAUUCGAUGAGUCAUUUACCAAUAUCUACACAGCGCCUAGCUUGCAAAAGCAGUGGUACAAUGUGUUGGGAAAUCAUGACUACAGGGGAGAUGUUAUGGCGCAACUGAGUCCCAUCCUUACGAAACUGGAUAGCAGAUGGCUUUGCUUGAGGUCUUUUAUUCUCAAUGCUGAAAUUGUGGAAUUUUUCUUCGUGGACACAACUCCUUUUGUCGAUAAAUACUUCAAGGACCCAAAGGACGAUGUCUAUGACUGGAGAGGCGUAUUACCUCGAAAGCAAUACCUUUCAAAUAUCCUAAAGGUUGUUUAAUUUAUUCA